CCCGGAUCUCUUCAAUUUCCCCUCUCACUCGUGCCCUGGGAGUGGAGGCAGCAGCGGCUCCGGCUCCAGCUCCAGCCCCUGCAGCCACCGCCGCCCUGACCACCAGAGCGCAAACCGCGGGGACUCCGGGCAGCCGGGCCCCGGCCCCGCAGCAGCCGCCCCGCUGCCAAAACAAACGGCCCUUCGCUAUUUAUUGGAGGCGGCCGGGCAGGAGAGCUCAGAGCAGGCGGCCAGCCCUCGGCGCCGGCCAGCAGCAGCGGGGCGCACGGCAGCACCUGCCCGGCACACGGCCACCUUUACGCACUGGAUGGCGACCCCCCUGGGGCACGGCGAACACCCCGGCCGAGCCUGAGGGGCUCCCGGGCUGAGGACGCCCCUGUCGCCCGCCUCCCCGCCCCGGCGGAGCAGCCCAGCGUCCCCGCUGCCACCGGGCUCCCCUGCCAUGAAGCUGGCCCGGCUCCUGCUGCUGCUGAGCGGGUGCGCGCUGCUGCUGGCCCCGGCAGUGCGGGGCUGCGGGCCGGGCCGGGUGGUGGGCAGCCGCCGCCGGCCCCCCAGGAAGCUCAUCCCGCUGGCUUACAAGCAGUUCAGCCCCAACGUGCCCGAGAAAACCCUGGGCGCCAGCGGCAGGUACGAGGGCAAGAUCGCCCGGAACUCGGAGCGCUUUAAGGAGCUGACCCCCAACUACAACCCCGACAUCAUCUUCAAGGACGAGGAGAACACGGGAGCCGACCGCCUCAUGACCCAGCGCUGCAAGGACCGCCUGAACUCCCUGGCCAUCUCCGUGAUGAACCAGUGGCCGGGCGUGAAGCUGCGGGUGACGGAGGGCUGGGACGAGGACGGGCACCACUCGGAGGAGUCGCUGCACUACGAGGGCCGAGCCGUGGACAUCACCACCUCCGACCGGGACCGCAACAAGUACGGCCUGCUGGCGCGCCUGGCCGUGGAGGCCGGCUUCGACUGGGUCUACUACGAGUCCAAGGCCCACAUCCACUGCUCCGUCAAGUCCGAGCAUUCGGCGGCAGCGAAGACGGGCGGUUGCUUCCCUGCCCGGGCCCUGGCGACGCUGGAGGGUGGGGCGAGGACCCCUCUGUGGGCGCUGCGCCCGGGGCAGCGGGUGCUGGCUAUGGACGAGCAGGGCCGGGCCACCUACAGCGACUUCCUGGCCUUCCUGGACAAGGAGGCGUCGGCGCCGACCACUUUCCACGUGAUCGAGACCCGGGAGCCGCCACGUCGCCUGGCCCUGACCCCUGCCCACCUGCUCUUCGUGGCCGAGAACUCCACGGCGCCCGCUGCCCGCUUCCAGGCCACCUUCGCCAGCCACGUGCGGCCCGGCCACUACGUGCUGGUGUCAGCGGUGGGGACGAGCCUGCGGCCGGCCAGGGUGGUGGAUGUCUCCACCCAGACAGACUUCGGGGCCUACGCCCCCCUCACCCGCCACGGGACCCUGGUGGUGGACGACGUGGUGGCCUCCUGCUUCGCCCUGGUGCAGGAGCAGUGGCUGGCGCAGCUGGCGUUCUGGCCGCUCCGGCUCUACCACAGCCUGGCGGGCGGGCACAGGACCCAGCCGGAGGGCGUGCACUGGUACUCAGGGCUGCUGUACCGCCUGGGCCGGCUGCUGCUGGCCCCAGAGAGCUUCCACCCGCUGGGGACGGCCCAGUUCGAGAGCUGAGGGCUGCCGGGGAGAGGACGGGUGGCCGUUGGGCCGCUCUGCCUGGGAAGAGGAGCCAGCCAGGCUCUGAAUGCCGCCUGCCCUAGGAAGUGGGCCCGGAUCCCGUGUGCCAGCGUGGCUGGGCGGCACCACACAGACCCUGGCGGAGCCGCCGGCCUGGGGCUGGGGGACCCGGCUCGCGUCCCCAGUUGCUCUGGGAGGCCUGGACGCCUGUCUACCCCCCUCUGCUGCUGGCACCAGGGCUGCCCCAGCUCCCUGCCAGCCUGGGCUCUGCCAACCGGCCCAGGGCCCCGGGCCGGGGGGCUGCAGGAGGGGGCGCCCCAGCUGGAGCUACAUGCUGCUAUUUUUGUGCGUGAUUCGCUAAUGACCAAGUUGCGGGGAAGGAGGGGCCAGGCGGGAGCCCCCCAUGCCGGGGUGAGGGGUGGGGACUGUGCCUAGCAGGGGGAGGCAGGGCACGGCGUAGCGGGGCCCCCAUCCCUCCCCUGACGCUGCCAUCGCUGGCCUCAGCCUGCAGCAGGGCGGGAGGGCGGCAGAGGAGAGAUCUGAGCUGCCCGACGCGCCCUGAGUGCCAGCAGACACCCCCGGCCGGCAGGGCAGCCCCAUACGCCAGGUGGAAGCAGAGUCACUGCUGAGAACAAGCCGGUGCCCCCAGGGACGGGCCAGCCCUGCGGCUGGGGGGAGCUGGGGUAUGAGCGGGGGAGGGGGCACCGGGGGGCUCGUGCCCUGGGGGGGUUCCUGCCCACGGUGUGCAUGGUGCGUUGGCAGAGGGCGACAGCGUGGGCAGGGCUGGGCAGUGACUGGGUGCGACCUGGGAUGCAGCCCCAGGGGAUGGUGCCUCUUAGCCAGACGUGAGCAGGCGGGGUGGGGGGGUGGAGAGCCCCCCUAAUAUUACUGGUGCCGGCUCUUAAUUCGCCCACCUCUCCCUGUCCCCCCAUCUGUGCCAUUCACGCUCACAGGUGCCCCCCCGGCUCUGAGCUGGCUACCAGGCCCCCCCACCCCACAGGGUAAGUCAUGGCUGGUCCCCUCAUGACGGGAGCUCACCCCCCCCCCCCCGCGCUGGCAGCACCAGCCACAGGGACCCCCAGCCCCCAGCGCUGGUUAGUGGCGCAGCCGUGGCAGCAGCCGCUGUUAUUUAUUUCUCUGCUCGCUGUGACGGAGCCGGCGUCCCUGGGGUGGGGGCUCCGGGGGGGUUAAAGCCAGACGGAUUUCAAGGUUAUUGUACAGCCAGCGGUUGUGGAGCCCGUGGGCCGGAGCCGCUUGGCUCCUCACUGGCGGGACGGGGGGGGGGGGGAAC